AUGUCCAAAGAGGACGGCGGCAACGAGCAGAGCACUGCCGCCACAGACCCCGCCACACCCCAUCAUGCAAAAGAGCACGACUUCUCCCUCAUGAGAAGGCUGUACGAGCAGCCCCCCCGUGAUGUUACCUCGGCUCCAUACCUCUAUGGACGGCCCAUGUCUAUCGUACCCCCGACACCCCCACCAGGAGGAUGUCAUUUGACUCUGGCUCCCCCGAUCAUAUUGGCCGCGCCUUUCAUGGAUGUUAAUUAUGCCCCCUUCUCUUAUCGAUGGACUGCAUUACUCACAACUUCAGAUCCACCAGCGUCAGGGCGGCCCGCAAAAACCAAGACCAAGGAUUCCCUCAUACCCCAGCUGAAGUUUGUGAGGGCGGCUUCUACAGGCAGGGAGACAGGCAGGCGGGAGGAUAUCAUGACCAUGAUAUACUCAGGAACCAUCUCUUAA